GAAUGUUCGGCCCUGCUUUCUUAUUAGUCUGCUUGUGAAGCUGGAUAUAGCUCACCAUGAACCCCAUAACACAAAAACAAAAGCAAAAGCAAAAACUCAUACACAAUGGCCUACCAAGUUUCUCCCACCUCCAAUUUAACGCAUUUACACAGCUAAGGUGGAAAAAAUCUCAUAUGCCUAAAACCACAAGCAGCACUCUUCUAGCAGCAUAUGCUUCAAUUUUGCAGCAAGAGGUACGAGUCUCAUCCGUGGUACAGGAGGCCAACGCAUUUUACCACUUGAUGAAGAUCGUAGUGAGUGAUAUUCUUGAGAUUUUUUCGAGGUAUGAAAUCAGUGACAGAUGGUAUAAAAUUGAGACGCUUCAAGUCCACUGUGGGUGAUGGCGAUGUGGGUUCAGGCAACAAUUUGAAAAUAUUGAGGCAUAAGUUUCUUCUCUGCAAUAACAUCUAAAACAGCAAUAGCCCCCGACACCAUAAUAACCAAAGUCUACGAAUUUACCACUUCUACAAUCACCUUACCUUAAUAGAAUCCUGUAAGUUAAAUGUUUUUUGCUGAAGUCAAAUAUAGAGGCUUCAAGAGCAGGAAAAAAUACAAAACAAGUUAUAACCAAAUGGAUGUCAGAACAGUAAAUCAAUGCUUUAAUUACUCAAAAAAGAUUCUAACGAAGACAUUAAAAUUGAUAUAACACAUCUAGUUUGCAGCUGAAUUGUAAAUAAACAUUUUGUGCAAGAAAUGACAUCAAUAACACUUACAUCAGUGUAUAUUGACAAAAGCUUUCUUAUAUUGUCCAUCAAUUACACACGACUCUGCUAAUGCCUGAAAUAGAGAAAGGACGAAUAGUAAAUAAAGUCACAGUGACUAAAAAAAAAAAAAAAUUCACAAGACGGCUUGUUCAUCUGUCAUGGAUGAUGCAUUGGGCUGUUGGUUCUAUGGCAGAGAUAACAGGCAGUGCAGAAUAAAAUUAUAGGUGGCCAAGAUUUAACAGUUGAAAAGAGAUCCUAAUGAAAAGAUGGAUUUCUAGCCAGAGCUACAAGGGCAACUUGCGGUAUGUACAACCAGAAAGUGUAAUUCCCCAAC